AUGACUAUCGACCCCCCGCCUCAUCAGACUCAGCACCCUCGGAAGCGAGGCCGCAGCUCGCACUGGAUGCACCAAUCUCGCAUCAAUGGACGAUUUGGCCCCCGCCUCACAACCCCUCUAGACACGGACACGUCUGAAAGCUCUGUUACUUCAAGCAGCACUUCGACCUGGCCUUCACCGACAAAACUAUCGUCAGGAGCUCUCCUAUCCACCCCAGCACGAACGGCCAUCACCCCUAACCGAAGCGUCUCAUCUCCGAGUCUCACCGCACUACAUGACUCGGACGCGCGGCAGCGACCUCUUAAAGAGUUCUUCGAGAACUUACUGUCUCGCCCAUCGACGCCCAGUAAAGCCUCGGUGUCUACGAAACCUCAACGGCUCACGUCUCUCACGUCUUUACUACCCUCUGCUUCGUCUCAGUCGCACACACGCCCCGUCAUGUCUCUCACGAUCAUAUCGUUCACCGGCCAGAACGGCGACGACCCAGUCGACUUCAAACGCCGUUUCCGGCAAUGGUGCAUCUCUAUCGCCACCUCCGACGAUGCUGGGAUGGCGAAUGCGUUCUCGACGUGCAUCAAGAGCGGUUCGGUCGCCGAUCACUGGUUCGCGACGCUCUCCAGCGCCGAGAAAUCGUCUUACACGGCCAUUGAAGCAGCCUUUGACGCUCGCUUCCCGCCCGUCGAGGCCGCCAUCCUCUCGUCUGAUGACAUCCAGCAGGAACUCCACGAUCUAAAGCUCGACCUCAAAGACGUCGGCAAGAAGGUCAAAGUUGGCAGUACCGAAGUCUGGGCUCACGUCGACUAUGUUAUGAAGGCCAAGCAGCUCGCUACGGAGGCCAAGAUCCUCACCACCAACAACAAUCUUCUUAGCAUUCGCCGCCAGCUUCCGGAACCUCUUCUCGACCUGCUCGACUUCUCGAAGCAUAUGACACUCGAGGCCUUCUUCAGUGACAUCAAGUCGGUUAACACUCAGCGCCUCGCAGACAAGGCUACGGCGGCGCGUGCUCAGGCCGCGGAGAUAGAGGCUCUGCACGCGAGCAUUGCCGCUCUCAGCCUCAGUAACUCGCGGCGCUCGUCGCAGGACUCUCGUGGCGCUACGGUCCCACCUGCAGCUGCGGCGGUGGGCAGCCCUUAUGUCACUCGCGGUAAUGCCGCGAACCAGGCCCCUGGUUUUCGCCGCCAGAUGAGCGCUUUGCCCGAGCGCCAGCCGCGCGCUCCCCCUCCCGCACCAACUGUUGAGCAGCGCCGUCGGCUCGAGACCUUCGCGGCUGCUCCGGUUCCGCACUACACGCCCGCUAGCUGUGCUGCUUAUGAGGUGGCCCUCGCUAGCGCGACUGCACCGCUUGGACAUCCCGGGCGUGUCACGUACGACACCCCCAUCCCUCUCAAGCCGGGUACUGCGGCACCUUGCUCGCGCGAGUGCUAUAAGUGCGGAACGCACGGACACCGCGGCAUGUUCUGCACUGUUCCGAAUGGUGCUCCCACGCGCUUGAAUGGCUACGAGUCGCGCUGGCGCGCGCUCUUGGGUACCACCCUUGGGCCAGUGAAUGCCGGCCGUGUCAACGACGUCCGGCUCGUGCAAGAUGCAUGGGAUAGUCACUGGGAUGGGCAGGCACAGGUCCAGGACGUUGAGGAAAAAGAUGGCGGGUCGGCGUAA